CUUUGCACACAUUUCUUACUGGUGCCUUUGUCUUGUCCACGUGUUCUGCGUGCACCUCUCAGAAUAUGGGACUGGUCACAGUCCAGGUGCUUUGCUGCUGUUAUUUACUUCUUGUGGUCUUGGAAUUUGGUUUCUCAGCUUUUUCUUUCUUAUUUAGCACAGUUUAUGUCUUAGAAACCUUGAUGGAUUCCAGAGGGUUCUGAGAAGAGUCUGAUAAGAGCAGUUACGAGCUGGAUGGCUGGUGCACACUGCAGCCUGAGCUGUCCAGGUACAUUGCUCCAGGAAUCUCUGGGAUUUAAACGUGCUGAACACCACGGCUGUGCCGGGAGCUCCGGAGCUCUGACGCUGUUCCCUCAUGACGGCUGUCCUGUCCCUGCUCCACCAGCUGCUGCCACCAGAUAACACCUGCCUGGGGACACGGAGCCACCCGGGGCAUGUCCCAGUGCCCGCCUGGGGACGGGGUGAGGAGAGCAGAGACACAGCCCUGCCUGAGGAGAGGAGAGACACAGCCCUGCCUGAGGAGAGCAGAGACACAGCCCUGCCUGAGGAGAGGAGAGACACAGCCCUGCCUGAGGAGAGCAGAGACACAGCCCUGCUUGAGGAGAGCAGAGACACAUCCCUGCUUGAGGAGAGACACAUCCCUGCUUGAGAAGAGCAGAGACACAGCCCUCUUUGAGGAGAGCAGAGACACUCCAGCUGGGAUCACUCUGCUGCCUGAGCUGUCCUUCUGGAAGCUGGGUGCUUCCCAGAGAUGCUUCCAGGCAUCUUCAUGGGUGUUGGAGCAGAGCAGGGAAGGCUCAGAGAGGGAUAUUUUUAGAUGCUCUUUGUGCUCAGAGAGCAAAAGCAGGCUGUGGUUUAACGGCCGUUAGCUGCUGGGCACGUUUGGAAAGCUGGAGCAGGGCUGAGGAUUCAGGCACACGUUUGACACGAUGGGAUGGAGCAGCUUUGCAGACGUGAGGACAGUUUUUGGGCUGAGCAUUGAAGUGAAGAUCCCAAGAGGAGCCUGGAUCUGGGCAGUCCAGCCCAUUUAGCUGCCACAUGGACAGGCAGCGGGGCCAGGGCGGCUGAUCCCCAAAAGGACGUGGUCCCAUUGUUUGUGGGCUGACAUUUGCUCCAACAGCUGCAGAAGAGGAGCAGGAAAAGAGCAGACAAGAGAUCCGCAUGUCAGACUAUCACGACCCCCACGAUGGGGAGUCAGAUCCCCAACACGGCAUUACUGUGGUCUUCCUCCUUGUCCUUGUCUUCUUCAUCAUGGGGCUGGUGGGGUUCCUGAUCUGCCAUGUCCUGAAGAAGAAGGGUUACCGGUGCCGCACCUUCCGGGACGAGCUUGACCCAGAUGACAAAGACGGGGUGGAGGAGCUCCAGGAUGAUGAGGCCGAGAAGAACGACGACACCGUGGAGAAGAUUGUGAGAUGCAUCAUCCAAAAUGAAGGUGAGCACUUCCUUGGCUGGCCCAGAGCCGUGCUGACCACUUUGGCUGACGCGUUCCUGUUUUUCUCUCUCUCUUCAGCAAACGUGGAGGCCCUCAAGGAGAUGUUGGGUGAAAAUGAAGGGGAUGUGCCUUUGCCAGUGCCCAGCCUUUGUCACCACAGCAGCAGCCAGGACGGGGGCCCGCCACAUCACCACACGGUGCACCUGGGCUCCACGCAGGCCCCCUGCAUCCACUGCAGCAGGAGGAAGAGGCACCCCCUGCAGCGCCAGGGGCGGUCCAAGGAGGGCAAAAGCAGGAUGCAUCCCGGAGAGACCACCGUCUUCUCAGUGGGCAGGUUCCGUGUCACACACAUCGGGAAGAAGCCGUCCGUGCAGGAGCAGCAGGACGGGGCCCUGCCCGCCGGCAGCCGGCCGCCGAGCACGGAGGAGCUGGAGCGCAGCAGCGAGAUGCUGCAGCGGGAGCGGGCUCUCAACGGGACUGUCCCCACGGGCGGGCUGCAGAACGGGGCCAUCCCGACGGGCACCCAGAGUGGCAGAAGCGCGGAGCAAAGCCUGUCCGCCAGCCCAGCCGCGAACACACCAGCCAGCUCCGGCACCCGUGACAGCCGGCGGGCGGGCGCGGGGUCCGGCACGGCGGGGUCCGGCCCGGUGGGGCUCGGCACGGCGGGGUCCCUGCAGGAUGCUGGCUCCGCUCCCGGGAGCUCGAGCCGCCAGCGCAGGCUGAUGAGCCUGCCGGUGCUGGGAGCGUCGAGUCCCAACAUCCCAGGAGAGCUGGCACGGGAAGGAGCCGGCAUCUGCCUGGAGGAGAUCGGACUGGCGUCGGCAGAUGAAGUGUCGGAUAUUCACGGGAGCCUGAGUCUGCAGGAACAGGCCGAUGAGCUGGGGAGAGACGAGAGCAGCAGGAAACAGUCCGGAGGGGAGGACGGGAAGCAGCAGGAGCCCAGCGCCGCGGAGCAGGACCGUGUGUGACCUCCUCUCCGCUCCCGGCUGGAGCGUGCACCGGAGGCGCGCAGCCCCCGGGCCCCUCGGGGCUGGGGCUCUGCCGUGGGGCAGCCGCGGGGCAGCCGUGCCCGGCCCCGGGUGGGCAGCUACGCGCUUGGCAUGGCCGGAGCGACGCGCCGGCGGCACCGACAACCGCGCUCGGCGCCAGCCUUCAUCCCAUUGGCAAUAGGUACCCGAGUCCCACCCACCGCACCCUCCCCGGAGACCCCCCCGAGGGACCCUCGGGCCUGGCAGGGGCAGGACAGCAUCCAGAGCCCGCUGCCCCCGCGGCCCCCCAGCUCGGGGGAAGAAUCAGAGGGGGCCGCGGCGAGGGGCAGGGAUGGAGGCAGCGGCUUGAGCCCCCCCCGGGCGGUGGGGAGCACCCCCCAGCCACCGGGCACGUUCACCACAGAGCACAGCCCCCCGGGCACCCCUGCCACGCAGAGCAGGCACAGGCACAAAUCCUGCACCGGCAGGUCCCUUGGAGAUGCUGGUGGAGAGGAGCUCCCAGCCCCAUCCCGGCACUGGAGGGGCUGGAGCCCGGCCCUGGGGGCGGGAUGGCCCCAGGCCAGGCCAGCGGGCAGCCCCGGGGCCGUGCCAGCUUCGGUGUGUAACGCCCUGUACAUAGAUGAGCUACAACCAUUAAAGCUGCUGAACCCCU